AUGCGAUCCCUGCGUGCCCUCUCCGCAGAGGCCCUGGCAUCCCACCCCCAGGUGGCCCCCAGCCUGGCCGGAGUGGCCCACAGUCUCUACCCACUGCUGUUCAAGGCCAGCUAUUUGCUGGAGCGGGCGGAGCUGGUCCGCCUCCUGCUGGAGCGCUGGCCCCUGGAGGAGUUCCUACUGAGCGCACUGCUGGGCCCGAGCGCUGACCACCCCCAGGACCUGCGGGACCGGGCCUGCCGGGUCUGCUUGCAGGCCUGUGCACAGGGCCUUGCAGACCACGUGCUGCGGCCCGGGGGCGGGCGGCUGAGGGUGGCCGACCUCACGGGCCUGCGGGAUGUGCAGGAGCAACGCUGCCCCUGUGGGAGGGCACUGGGUCGGUGGGGCCGCACUGAGCUGCUGGCCAGGACCUGCUGUGGGCUACAGGGAGGGGGGCCUACAGCAGGGCGCCCGCUCAAGGUCCUUGCCGACCUCUUCGUCACCGAGGGCAACUUGGAGGUGGCAGUGCGGGCCCUGGAAGGGGGCGGCCCACUGCGUCUGCACUGCCUGUCCUUCCGGGCAGACAGCCUGGACCCCGGGCAGCUCCUGCAUGUGCUGCGUCUGGCCGGGCCGAGCCAGCUGCGCCGGCUGACUGUGGUGCACAGUGUGCGGCUGCAUGCCGGCCUUGUGCAGCAGCUGCUGGCCCUGGGCUUCCCCCAGCUGGUCUCACUCACCCUGCCCACCAAGGCCUUCGACAUGACCCCCGCCUACAACCCUGGCCCUGACAGCCAGGACGCCCUCCUCACGUCCAUCGCCGGGGAGCUCAGCCGGAUGACACAGCUAGCGGAGCUGAGCGUGGCCUUCUCCACACUGACCGGGAAGGUCCAGAGGCUGCUCGGCCCCCUGCGGACCCCGCUGCGCGUCCUGGACCUGGCCAACUGCUCCCUGAGCCACGCCGACCUGGCCUUCCUCGCCGACAGCAUGCACGCAGCCCACCUGGAGGAGCUGGACCUCAGUGGGCACCCCCUGGUUAACCUGUACCCCUCGACGUUCUUCCGGCUGCUGGGCAGGGCCGCAGCAACACUGAGGACCCUGACCCUGGAGGAGUGUGGUCUGGAGGAUGGCCACGUGGGGCUGCUGUCCGUGGCCCUGGGGCCCUGCCAGCAGCUGCAAGAGCUGCGCCUCCUGGGGAACCCGCUGUCCGCUCGCGCCCUCCGGCACCUCUUGGCUACCCUGUGCACACUGCCCCAGCUGCGGGGCGUGCAGGUCCCGGUGCCCAGUGACUGCUACCCCGCGGGCGUCCCCUACCCCCAGGACGAGCUGACCCAAUCCAAGUUCGACCAGCAGAAAUACGAGGCCAUCGCCGCAGAGCUGCAGGCAGACCUGCUGCGGGCUGGCCGGGCCGACGUCCAGGUCUCCACACCCCUGCACGGGAGCUUCGACCCUGACCUUCAAGAAACAGGCAGCGAGCUGGGUGCGCGCCUGCUGCAGGCUUUCAGGGCCGCGCUGGAGAACCUGUCCAGGGCGCUGAGACAGAUGGAGUAG